AUGAGUGCCUUUGAAGAGUUGGGUAUCUGCCCCGAGAUCAUCCAAGCCGUUGAAGAGGAUGACUGGUUGCUUCCGACCCCUGUGCAGCAGGAGGCCAUCCCAUUGAUUCUGGGUGGAGGCGAUGUUCUAGUGGCGGCCGAAACUGGAAGUGGAAAGACCGGUGCCUUCGGUUUGCCUUGUCUCCAAAUUGUGCACGAGACCUUGCGAGGAAAAUGCAGCACAAGGAAAGCACACGCGUUAAAUCUCAAGUGUGAGCUCAACCUGAAUGACAAGGAUAUGUUUGUGCUGGUGACAGAGGAUGGCAUGGAAUGCAAAAGCGAGGAUGACAAGCGAUGGAAUGGGAUUCGUGCCACAAUCGAGGUAAUGCAGGGUAGCUACAUGUUUGAGGUGGAGGUCGUCGAAGGCUUGCUGAGAGUAGGUUGGAGUGCGGGCUUCGCAAAGCUGGAGCUUGGAAUUGAUGACAAGAGCUUUGGUUUUGGCUCCACGGGCAAGAAAAGCUGGAACCGCAAGUUUGAGGACUAUGGUGAAGCUUUUGAAGAGGGCGACAUCAUCGGUUGCCUGCUGGAUCGCGAGAAGCAGACCAUUUCCUUCACGAAGAACGGCAGAGAUUUGGGAGUUGCCUACAAGUUGCCGCCCGAUAUGCAGAGGAUAGGCCUCAAGCCCCACAUCUGUGGCAAGGGCUUCAUGGCUGCAGCGAAGUUCGACGGCCCGAUGGAGUACCCGGUGGAGGGCUACACUCCCGUAGGUGAGAUCGACCCCACACAUACUCCGCAGGGCACAUCGCAGGCCAAAGGCAAGCGUCCACCACUCUGCAUGAUCCUAGAACCCACAAGGGACCUGGCUGAGCAGACCUACAAGUGCAUGACAACAUUCAACAAGUACCUGGACAACCCCACGGUGAGAAUAACAUUGUUUGUCGGAGGGAUCGAUGAGAAGGAGCAGUUCCGAGCAUUGGAAGAAGGAGUGGACAUUGUUGUCGGCACGCUGCAGAAGCUGAUGGACUAUGUCCGACGCGGCAAGCUGGACGUCACGCAGCUCAAGUUCUUGGUGCUGGAUGAAGCAGAUGAUCUGCAGAAGAAAGAUGAUCGAAAGGAGAUUCCUCGUCUAAAUGCACAGAUCAAGCGUGGCCGUCGUGAUCGGGUCCAGACGCUGUUUUUCAGUGCUACACUUCACACACCCGAGGUGGUGCAGAUGAUCGACGAGAUCACAUCCAGACCCAUUUGGGUGGAUCUCAAGGGCAAGGACUCCGUCCCAGAGACGGUUCACCAUGUGGCACUAUACAUUGAUCCGUACCAAGAUCUGCAAUGGAGCGAUGCUGAGAUUGCAGUGCGCGCAAAAGCUCCCAAGGAGCAGCCAGAGCUUGAUGGUGUGCACACCAAACCGACUAUGUCCAGCAUCGACCGGAACCAUCCGGAUGCGCUCAAAAUGUCUGAGAAGAUUAAGAUGAUGAAGCCAAAAAUGGUCGUGAAGCUUGCUGAUGCUUUCAACAUGUCGCAGUGUCUCGUCUUCUGCCGCACGAAUGUUGAUUGUAACAACCUGGAAGACUACAUGAAUCGCUUGGGCGGCACAAAGGCCUAUGGAGGCAAGAUGGAGACUGGCAAGGAAAACCCGUACAGCUGCGUGGUUCUGGCCGGAAUGCGCAACCAGGACGAGCGACGUUCCAAUCUGGAAUCCUUCAAAGAAGGUGAUGUGCGUUUCCUCAUUUGCACGGACGUAGCGGCAAGAGGAAUCGACAUUGCUGGAUUGCCUUUCGUGAUCCAGACAACGCUGCCUGAUGACAUCGAGAACUACAUCCAUCGAAUAGGCCGAUGUGGUCGAGCAGAGCGAAUGGGCUUGGCCAUCUCUGUUGUGGCGACAGAAAAGGAGAAAGUCUGGUACCACAAGUGCCCGUCCCGGGGAAAGGACUGCAAGCCGUGGCCCGGCAACACGAAGCUGACGAUCCCAUUUGGACCCGACGGCAAAUUGAGGCCACGCGAUGAUGCAAACUGGAUCAUCGAUGAGGGUGGCUGCAGCAUUUGGUAUGACGAGCCUGACCUCAUCAAGAAGGUUGAGACUCGCAUCGGCAUGCCAAUGAAGGUCAUGGAUCCGGAGGACUUCAGUGUUGCUGGGGUUCUGGAAAGCCCUUUUGGUGAAGCAGGGAAGAAGAGGCUCAAGAAGGAGGCCACUGUCAAAGAGCCUCCAAGCAGGAGAGCACAGAUGAGAAAGAAGGAGGAAGCUGCGGUGGUUGUCUACGGUGCAAAGAAAGGUGACAAGACCAUAGCAAUGACAGCGAAGCACACCAGCGCCCUUGCGCCCGUUGUCACUGAGCUUGCGUCGCUGGAGAAAGAGAUCCAGCAGAUAUUCGCGAAGGUCAUGCGCGGGGCUCAGUGGGGUAACGUGGCUGCGCAAGCAGGUGGUGGCAUGACGCAGCACGCUACCAGACCAGCAAGUGCCAACCUCCAGGCCAGCCCGAAGCCAAAAGCAUCGCCAGCGGUGGCAGCACCAAGCCCGGCACCCGUUGCACCGACCCCCAAGACAGAGGGCCCCGUGGACAUGGAAGUGGACGGUGACACGCCUGCCAAACGCGUGGCCACAGGAUGGGCAUCUGGAGGCGGCAAGCCGAAGCGUAAAGCCCGGUGGUGA